GUGUAAUGUCACGUAUCGUAUAGUAAACAAAAACGACUUUUGGCGGUUCUCGGAUUUCAGUACAAGUUUUUAUUAAAUAUUUUAAUUCUAAUUUGUGAUUAAAGAUUUACUAUGGAUAUCAGUUAUGAGAAUACGCCGACAAAACAGUGCUUUAAAUGUAACGAAGACUCCCUCGUUAAUCUAAACAUAUUUUAUUAUGCACCGAGCAAUAUGACAAUAUUAUGGAACCAAUUUCAAAUAUUCAUUUAUGAAAAUCAAAAUUUCGAAAACCCUGUGAUAAAAUUUAAUUCUAGAUACGAAAUAAUCGACAUAAUGAUCUGGGACAGCUAUUUAGCUUGCGUAGAUACUUGCGGCAACAUCCAAUUACUUUCUAUAAACACUGUUUCAAAAAGUAUAUCUUCCGUGGGCCGUGGCGCUUCAGACUACAUGGUCGCCCUAUCUCUCAUCAAGAAUAACAUGGCUAUAUGUUUGAAAUACAACUCAAAUUCUUAUUCCCUAUGCUUACACCAAGUUGCCAAAUAUUUCGAGUUUGAGAAUCAAGUACAACUGCUGUAUAGUGACGCGUUACCGUCUUUACAGACACCAGACAAAUACAUUAUAGUACACGGAAGUCUCCAAUCCAUAACAGAUGACCAUUUAGAAAUUCUAAAAAACAUGUUUGAAACUAAUGAGUGCAAAGUCAACAAGAAUCAUAAGUUGGUAGUAUUGUCUUUUGAUAAGCUAGAUGUUUACAGUUGCAUAAUUACUUGUGAAAAGUUUCAAUAUGAAGCUAAAUUAGUGAAACUAUACUCUUGUCCUUCCGAGAUAUCGAAUAUAAACAUUAUUGAACAAGAUAUGAAUAUUGUGGUUACUCUUGCAAUAGGCACAGUUAUAAUUCUAUCCUGGAGUGACCUUAAAACACCUAAAAUAGUUCAUUUGAACAUUGCAAUCCACAAAUCCUUAGUUUACAAGGAUUCUAUUAUCUACACAGAUGGUAAAUCUCUAUGGAGAGCAGACAAUAUAAUGUCCCAAGACAUUAAAUUUAAGCAAUUCUUUGUCAAACAAGUAAAAGAUUUCAUAAUCAUAGGAAAUCAGAUUAUUUGCACCACAUUCACGAAUUUAAUUUACACAUUUUCAAUAGAUAGUCCAGAGUCAUAUUUCAAGGAUGAAUCCAUUGAGUACUGCCCUGCAGACAGGCUGUUGAACAAUAAUUCUGAUUAUGUGAAGAAAAUUCUGGAUGAAGUCAAUAAGAAUGAUGUGAUAGCCAAAAAACUGACUAAAGAAAGAGACUACAUUACUGCAUUGUCUCUGUCCAACAGACAGGAUGUAAUGGAUAGUGUUAUAAACCACAAAGUUAUAGUUUAUGACAACUAUGACGAUGCAAUCACAGAAAAUAAGAAAGCUAUCCUAACAAGCAACUUCAGCGAAUAUUUCGAAGAAGAGUCAUUCUUCUUUCUGGUAAAAAUUUCAACAACAACAGAGCAUAAACUGGGAAAUAUUCUGUCAAAUGCCAUCGGAGACUUGAGAAUCCACAUAACACUGUCCACAUCUACCAAAAUAAUUAAAACUAUAAGCAUAAAAGUAUCAGAAAUCAAGAAGCUAAGUUUUUUAAUACCGUUGAAGAGUAAACUUAUAGAUUUUACAGAAAUGAAUGUGGAUAUUAAAAUUAUGUCCACAAUACCGGGAGCUUUGGACGCUAAGCAGAAGACAUUUACUAUAUUGUACAGGAAACAUGUUACUUUACACUCAGAACACUUCAUAAAAUUCAAUCUGAUACUAAAUAGACAGCAGUGCCUGAAAAGAUUUGAGGACCCACUAUCAAAACUUAUUUUACAAACAUCUAUCAAUAAUUUUGGCCAUCUAUUUGAGUUUGAAGACAGUUUAAAGCACAGACCUUCUACAAAAGAAUGGCAGCUGUAUGUUAGAUUGCCGGAUAAAUACCAAGAAGUAUUCAGAAAUAAGGAGACCACCAAGCACUUGACUUCCAAAAAGGUCACUUACUUCCUCCAACAAUUCACAUCGGAGGAGUUUUUGCAAUCGAAAAGUAAUUUAAUAUUCUCUAUAGGAAAUGAAAAAGUGAAAAUAGAGAUAUACAAUGAUAGUUUCUCUAGUCCUUUACUGAAGUUGUCAAGUGGAAAUAUAAAGAUAUUAUCGAGUAUGAGGAAUUUCUUAUCUGAUUUGAUUUACUGUGUGUUCACUAACUUUGCUCCUGGGAAUGAGUUUAUCAAUAUGUCUUCUUAUGCUGCUAUUGAAAAUCUACAGAAAGCAGUAAGGACAGGUAUGUCAGGCUCCUCAGAAGAUCUGGAACCUCUCAUAGAACAAUUUGAAAGGAAUGUUAUUGGAGUUCUACCUAUUUGAAUGAGCAAAGCUCUCUUUUUGUUAUAAGACUUAACUGUGAUCUAGUUGUAAUUUAAUAAAUCGUUUUUUACUUUUGUAA